AUGGCUGCGAGUGUGACACAGGAGCACUCCAGGCAGCCAGAAUCCACGACCUACUGGACCGACAGCAAGACAACACUGUGCUGGAUCAGGACGGGAGCCAGGUCGUACAAGCCCUACGUAGCGCAUCGAAUCGCCGCGAUAGAAGAACACACACAGGCGAAUCAAUGGAGAUGGGUGCCUACGCGCUACAACGUUGCCGACGACGCUACGCGCGACGUUCCCGACAACUUCACGCGGGAACACAGGUGGUUCAACGGACCAGAGUUCCUCCGCGACCCACCCGAACCAUGGCCUGCGGAGGAAACACAGCUGAGCACCGACACGGAGCUGCCGCCCGCGUACUACAAGCAGUACAACGCUUCAAACAACGCGUCAACACGGUCCAUUACAAGAGGACCAAGGCGGCCGCAAGCGAGAAUCCGGAUUGAGGCGCAACGAAGCCGCGAAAAUGCGGCGAAACGAGUCGUACAAGCACCGGAGGAGCGAUUUGUGACGCUCCCAGCCGAGUUGCAAGAAGAGGCCGAGCGCAUAAUCAUAAAGGCGAGUCAGGAGGCCGCCUUCGAGGAAGAACUACGCUCGCUCGAAAAAGGAAAACCCGUGUCAAAAGAAAGCAGGUUGUACGCUUUGAGUAUAACAUUUAUUAACGAACUCAUUUGCCUCGACAGCAGAAUUUCAGCCGCCACGGGAGUAAGCGCCGCAACAAAGAACCCUCCGAUCGUCGAUGGCGAACAUCGGGCGACGAAACUGUGGGUGGAACAUGUCCACACACAACUCCACCAUGCAGGCGUGGAGAGCGUCGUCAAUUACUGUCGGCAGUACAAAUGGGUCAUUCGACUGCGCCCGACGGUCAAGGCGGUGGUCAGGAGCUGCGUCAAGUGCCGCCAGAGGGCAGCCACUCCACCGCAACCGAUAACGGGAGACUUGCCUCCCUGUCGACUGGCGCAUCAUCACCGGCCGUUUACAUACACCGUGCGGGCGGUGCAUCUCGAAGUGGUGCACUCCCUGAGCACACAAGGCGAUCAUGGCUCUGCGGCGCAUGACAGCGCGCCGCGGAGCCCCGCCGAGAUCUGGUCCGACAACGGGACCAACUUCCACGGCGCAGAAAAGGAGCUGCGCAACACCCUCCUCGCUGGCGCCGAACAAGAGGCGUCGCGGAGGGCGAUUAGAUGGCGUUUCAUCCCUCCGGGCGCACCAUUCAUGGGUGGCGCCUGGGAACGACUCGUGCGGUCGGUCAAGACCGCGCUGACGACGGUGCUUCACGAGCAGAGGCCACAUGAAGAGACGCUGUCGACACUACUCGCCGAGGUGGAGUUCACAGUCAACAGCCGCCCACUGACUCAUGUGUCGGUGAACCCCGAAGAUCCGGAGGCCCUGACGCCUAACCACUUUCUGUUGGGCUGUCAGGGCCCACUCGCCGCACCUAAAUUUCCAGCCGAACACGGCUACGGCACACAUGCCGACCUUCGAGCGUCGCAGCAGCUGGCCGACGCGUUCUGGACCCGCUGGCUACGAGAGUACCUUCCCGAGCUCCGCAACCGGCGGGAGCCCCGCAGCAAGGGACCAGAGCUACACAUCGGCGACAUCGUGCGCAUCGUGGACGGACGCUCCCACGAAACACUUGGGCGCGUGGCCGCAUCUGUGCUACGCAUCCGGGACCUGACGGCGUGA